AUGCAAAUUAAACAAGUUUUAUCAUUAGGUGCUUUAGCUUUAUCAACUCAAGCUGCUGUUAUUAAUCAUGAUGUUAUCAAUCAAAAAAGAGAUGACACUAUUGCAGCUACAAUUGCUGCUGAUGUUGCAAAUUUAAUUGACUUAGGUGUUGGUGUUGCAGCUGAUAUUGAUUUAAAAAGAAGAAACGAUAAUGAAAAAAGAUUACUUUCAUUAUCUGCUGAGGUUGUUGCUGAAAUCGCAAACUUAUUAGGAUUAGAUGUUGGUUUAAAUGUUACAGCCAAAAGAGAUGACACUAUUGAUGCUACUGUUGGUGCUGACAUUGCUCACUUGAUUGAUUUAGGUGUUGGUGUUGAUGCUGAUAUUGCUUUAAAAAGAAGAUCAGAAACUCAAGAAAUUGUUGAAAAAAGAUUAUUAACUUUAUCAGCUGAUGUUAUUGCACAAAUUGCUGGAUUAUUAGGUUUGGAUGUUGGUGUUGAUGUCAGUGCUAAAAGAGAUGACACUAUUGCCGCUACAGUUGCUGCAGACAUCGCAAAUUUAAUUGAAUUGGGAGUUGGUGUUGAUGCUGACAUUAACUUAAAAAGACAAGAUAAUGAAAAAAGAUUACUUAACUUAUCAGCUGAAGUUAUUGCUCAAAUUGCAGAUUUAUUAGGAUUAGAUGUUGGAUUAAAUGUCACUGCUAAAAGAGAUGAUACUGUUGAUGUUGCCGCUGAUGUUUUAGGAUUAAUUGAUUUAGGUGUUGGUGUUGAUGCAGACGUCAAUUUAAAAAGAAGUGAUAAUGAAAAAAGAUUACUUUCAUUAUCUGCUGAGGUUGUUGCUGAAAUUGCAAACUUAUUAGGGUUAGAUGUUGGUUUAAAUGUUACAGCUAAAAGAGAUGACACCAUUGCUGCUACUGUUGGUGCUGACAUUGCUCACUUGAUUGAUUUAGGUGUUGGUGUUGAUGCUGAUAUUGCUUUAAAAAGAAGAUCAGAAAAUCAAAAAACUAUUGAAAAAAGAUUAUUAACUUUAUCAGCUGAUGUUAUUGCACAAAUUGCUGGAUUAUUAGGUUUGGACGUUGGUGUUGAUGUCAGUGCUAAAAGAGAUGACACUGUUGCUGCUACUGUUGCUGCAGAUAUUGCAGAUUUAAUUGAAUUAGGAGUUGGUGUUGCAGCUGAUAUCAAUUUAAAAAGAGAUAUUACUUUAUCCGCUGAUGUCUUAGCUCAAAUUGCCAACUUAUUAGGCUUGGAAGUCGGCGUUGAUGCUGGUAUUGCUUUAUAA